CACCAUGAAGACAGCAGCAACACGAGCCUUCCGAGGCGCCCUCAAUGGCCUCCAAACUCGCGCCUACUCACAGGCUGCUGCCAAGCCCAGGCACCUCAUGUCCAUCAGCGAUCUCACGCCCUCCGAGUUCUCAGCCCUGGUGCGCAACGCAGCCGCCCGGAAGCACGACGCCAAGUCCGGUCGCGUGCCUCGCCUGAGCAACGGCCUGGCCGGCGAGACGGUGGCCAUGAUGUUCAGCAAGCGCAGCACGAGGACGCGUGUGUCGACCGAGGCGGCGGUGACGAUGCUCGGCGGCCACCCCAUGUUUCUGGGCAAGGACGACAUUCAGCUCGGCGUCAACGAGUCGCUGUAUGAUACCUCUGUCGUCAUCUCAUCAAUGACGUCCUGCAUGGUAGCUCGAGUUGGCCCCCAUUCAGACGUCACCGGGCUGGCAGAGCACUCGACUGUUCCCGUCAUCAAUGCCCUCUCAGACGACUUCCACCCUCUGCAGACCAUUGCCGACUUUCUAACCAUCCACGAGGCUUUUCCGUCCACUCAGUCCAGCAGCAAGAGCCUCAACCUCAGUGGCUUGAAGGUAGCCUGGGUCGGUGACUCCAACAACGUGCUCUUCGAUCUUGCCAUCGGUUGCGUCAAGACGGGUGUCGACAUCGCCGUCGCCUCGCCCCAGGGCUACGGCAUCCCUGAUCACAUGAGGCAGCUCAUCACCUCGGCUGCCAGCGGCGUGGCUUCCCCCGGCAAGCUGUCGGAGACGACCGUUCCGGAAGAGGCCAUCAAGAAUGCCGACAUCCUGGUGACGGACACGUGGAUCUCCAUGGGCCAAGAGGCCGAGAAGCAGAAGAGGCUCAAGGCUUUCGCCGGGUACCAGAUCACCAACGAGCUGGCGAAGCGAGGUGGUGCCAAGGAGGGCUGGAAGUUCAUGCACUGCCUGCCCCGGCACCCGGAAGAGGUGGCGGACGAGGUGUUUUACAGCCCUAGGUCUUUGGUCUUCCCCGAAGCAGAGAACAGGCUCUGGGCAGCCGUUGCGGCGUUGGAAGGAUUUGUCGUCAAUAAGGGCAAGCUUGAGUAAAAGGUUCGGCUUGGAUGAUUUACGAGGAGUUUUGAAAAGUCAGAUGAAUUGAAUGUACUUAGGCGUCAAGACACAAGCAGUAAUUGAACAUUGAAUUCACAUUGCUAAACCA